UCGAUUUUGCCUCUCUCCCCCUCCCCCCCCUCUCUCUCUCUCUGUCGAUUUCUCGAGCCUCGCUCAUCGAUUAGAAGAAGAAGAAGAUGGCGGGAAUGGGGGAUGGGUAUGUGGGCACCGCCCAAGACGCGGUGAGAAUAAGGAGGCUAGAGAAGCAGCGAGAGGCCGAGAGGCGAAAGAUUCAGGAGCUCAAAAGCAAGUCCGCCGCCGGCGGUAACCAGACCGGCCUACUCCAGUUCGGAUCCAGCACAUCGGAGAUUCUGGAGACUGCUUUCAAGAAGGAAACAGUUGGUCUAGUUACUAGAGAACAAUAUGUCGAAAAGAGGGUUAAUAUCCGCAACAAAAUUGAAGAGGAAGAGAAGGAGAAGCUCGAAAAACAGCAACGAGAGGAAGAGGAACUUGAACUACAAAAACGGAAGAAGAGGAGGAGAGUUAAAGGAGAUUCACGGUUGUCCUUUGCAGAUGACUUUGAGAAUGAAAGUGAUGAGGAUGAUGUGGAUGCGAAAGAAAAUCAAGAGCUAAAAAAUUCUGGCAGUGGGAAACUCGGCAAGGACCCAACUGUUGAGACGAGCUUUUUACCCGACAGUGAGAGAGAAGCAGAGGAACAAGCUGAGCGGGAAAGAUUGCGGAGACAGUGGCUUCGUGAGCAAGAAAUUAUCCGAAAUGAGCCUCUUCAGAUUACUUACAGCUACUGGGAUGGAACAGGACAUAGAAGGGUGAUCCAGGUUAGAAAGGGUGAUACAAUUGGGGAAUUUCUCCGAGCUGUUCAACAGCAGCUUGCAUCUGAGUUCAGGGAGGUACGAACAACAUCAGUGGAGAACCUGCUUUAUGUCAAAGAGGAUUUGAUCAUUCCACAUCAACACAGUUUCUAUGAGUUGAUUAUUAACAAAGCGAGGGGAAAAAGUGGACCGCUUUUCCACUUCGAUGUGCAUGAGGAUGUGCGGACAAUUGCAGAUGCAACAAUCGAGAAAGAUGAGUCUCAUGCUGGGAAGGUAGUUGAAAGGCACUGGUACGAUAAGAACAAGCAUAUAUUCCCCGCUUCAAGAUGGGAGAUCUCGACCCCGACGAAGAAAUGGGAGAGAUACACAAUUCAUGGGGAUUAAAGUUGUCAAUGGAAUGAAUGAUAGUGAUCGUGAAGUAAUAUCACUCUCCUACUCCUUCAAACUUGCGAUUGCCUGUGUUGUUGGAUGUCAGCUAAAAAUGUAACUAUUAUUGUUAACUUACGGGGGAAAAAAGACUGGUAAUCUGCUUGCUAUCAGUGCUACCUUCUCAUUCAAUUCAACGUUCUCAAAAAAUGUCUGUGUUGUGGUUUAUUCAUCUAAACAUCUUUAACGUAAAAAUAUAACCAUAUGGUUCUGGUUUCA